CGGGCGCGCGCGGGAGCCGCACCGGGAACGCGAAGCAGAAACAGAUCAGACAGCAGGUCGGUCGGUGAGCGGAGAGACGGACCACACAAAGUCCUGGCGAUAAAAACAGCAGACCUGAACCUUUGGCGUCUGCUGGCGGAGGUUUUCUUCUCCUGUGGACUAACGUUACGGGAAGUUUUGUUCAGCAGUACGGACGGACGGACAGGGUCAGAAACGCUGUCCACCAUGUCGGGGAGCAGGGAGGAGGAGAGGAGGAAACUGGCCGACAUCAUCAACCACUGGAACGCCAACCGGCUCGACCUGUUCGAGAUCAGCCGGCCCACAGAGGACCUGGAGUUCCAUGGCGUGAUGCGGUUCUACUUCCAGGACCGGGUUGCCGGUAACUUUGCCACCAAGUGCAUCAGAGUGUCCAGCACAGCGACAACGCAGGACGUCAUCGAGACGUUAGCCGAGAAGUUCAGACCAGACAUGAGGAUGCUCUCCUCACCAAAGUACUCCCUGUAUGAGGUCCACGUCAGUGGCGAAGAGCGUCAGCUGGACCUGGACGAGAAGCCUCUUGUCGUUCAGCUGAACUGGAACAAAGACGACAGAGAAGGACGCUUCGUCCUGAAGAACGAGAACGACAUCCUGCCCAAGAAGAGUCAGAGUAACGGACCGGAGAAGGAGAAGGACGGAGUGAUUCAGAACUUCAAAAGGACUUUGUCCAAGAAGGAGAAGAAGAAGGAAAAGAAGAGGGAGAAGGAGUUUGCCCGGAUCCCCGACGGAGACGAGCAAAUGCUCAGCCGGGAGGAUGGGGAAAACAGUCGUCUGGCAGCGGAGGUCUACAAGGACAUGCCCGAGACCAGCUUCACCAGGACAAUCUCCAACCCAGAGGUGGUGAUGAAGAGGAGACGCCAGCAGAAGCUGGAGAAACGGAUGCAGGAGUUCAUGAGCAGCGACGGGAGACCCGACUCAGGAGGAACUUUGAGGAUAUACGCAGACAGUCUGAAGCCCAACAUCCCCUACAAGACCAUCCUGCUGUCCACGAGAGACACAGCAGACUUUGCAGUGGUGGAGGCGCUGGAGAAGUACGGACUGGAGAAGGAGAACCCCAGAGAGUACUGCAUUGCCCGGCAAGACGAUAAGUCGGGUAAGGAGGUGAUUCUGGACGAUACCGAGUGUCCGCUGCAGAUCUUCAGGGACUGGCCUGCAGACAGAGGAGCACUAGUGUUCCAGCUGAAGAAGAGACCUCCUGACUACCAGGGGAGGAAGGGAAGGAAGAUGGACGACAAGGGCCUGCGAGGGAAGGACGGCAGCAGCAGCUCCCUGCCGCCUGAGAAACUGCCUUAUCUGGUGGAGCUGAGCCCAGGGCGAGGGAAUCACUAUGCCUACUACGCCUAUCGGCACCACGAAGACGGGUCUGACUCGCGGGACAAACCAAAGUUGUAUCGGCUUCAGCACAGCAUCACUGAGGUCGGCUCAGACUGCACAGAGGACGGAGCGAUCCAGCUGCUGGGGCCGGGGAUCCUCCCCCACCACUGCAACCUGAUGCACAGUGAAGGUAUGGUGACGGUGACGCCGCACGGCCCCGACGCCGACACCUUCGUCGACGGGCAGCGCGUCACCGAGACGACGGUGCUGCGCCCGGGCUCCACCCUCCAGUUCGGCUCGGCCCACGUCUUCAAGUUCGUGGACCCGAUGUUCGACCAGGGAGGGAAGAGGGAACCGGCGGCCAUGAUGAGGAGCCGGCACAAGUCUGGCAGCGUCCCAGAAACCACCUUCGACCUUCACGGAGACGUCCACAGUGGAGCUGCCCUGCCUACCAGCAAGAGCUCAGGAAAGCUGGAAAUGGAGAGAGGGAUGGUGAAACCCAUGAUCAGAGGAGAGCAGCAGGACAGCAGGUCUCAGGACGUUUCAGCAGACAGAACAGAGUUGACUCUGCCGGCCAGCAUCGAGUUCAGAGACAACUCUGAAGACACCUUCCUGUCGGCCAUCAUCAAUUACACCAACAGCUCCACGGUUCACUUCAAACUCUCGCCCACAUAUGUCCUGUACAUGGCCUGUCGCUAUGUCCUGUCGCCCUCUUACCGGCCCGACAUGUCGCCAUCGGAGAGGACGCACAAGGUCAUCGCCAUCGUCAACAAGAUGGUGAGCAUGAUGGAGGGAGUCAUCCAGGAGAUUCCUGAAGGGGAUCAGAAACAGAAAAACAUUGCGGGAGCUCUGGCUUUCUGGAUGGCCAACGCCUCUGAGUUGCUCAACUUUAUCAAGCAGGACCGAGACCUGAGUCGCAUCACGCUGGACGCCCAGGACAUCCUUGCCCAUCUGGUCCAGAUGGCCUUCAAGUACCUGGUUCACUGUCUCCAGGCUGAUCUGAAUAACUACAUGCCUGCUUUCCUGGACGACCCGGAGGAACAUAAUCCACAGAGACCCAAGAUAGAGGAUGUCCUGCACACCUUGACAGGGGCGAUGUCGUUGCUGCGGCGGUGUCGAGUCAACGCCGCUCUGACCAUCCAGCUCUUCUCACAGCUCUUCCACUUCAUCAACAUGUGGCUGUUCAACAAGCUGGUGACCGACACAGACUCAGGGCUGUGCUGUCACUACUGGGGGGCUAUCCUCCGACAGCAGCUCAGCCACAUCGAGGCCUGGGCUGAGAAACAGGGGCUGGAGCUCGCAGCUGACUGCCACCUUAGUCGAAUUGUACAGGCCACAACCCUGCUGACCAUGGACAAAUACUCCAUGCAAGAUGUGCAGAACAUCCACAACACCUGCUUCAAGCUCAACUCCCUGCAGCUCCACGCCCUCAUGACCAACUACCACUGUGCUCCAGAUGAACCCUACAUCCCUCCUGAGCUGAUAGACCACGUGGUGGCAGUGGCGGAAAACACAGCAGACGAGCUGGCGAGGAGCGAUGGCAGAGAGGUUCAGCUGGAGGAGGAUCCAGAUCUCCAGCUGCCCUUCCUCCUUCCCGAGGACGGCUACUCCUGCGACGUGGUGCGCAGCCUCCCCAACGGCCUGCAGGACUUCCUGGAGCCGCUGCUGCAGAGAGGUUUUUGUCGGUUAACACCCCACCCUCGUUCACCCGGUACCUGGACCGUCCACUUUGAAGGAGCCGACUGUGACAGCCACUUCUCUGCAGCUGACAACUCUGAGAUGCCAAUGAGGAAGGAGCCGGAGGUUGUCACGGUAACCCUGAAAAAGCACAACGGCAUGGGCCUCAGCAUCGUGGCCGCCAAGGGUGCUGGUCAGGAGAAGCUGGGCAUCUACAUCAAGUCCGUCGUCAAAGGAGGAGCAGCUGACAUGGACGGUCGUUUGGCUGCAGGUGACCAGUUGUUAAGCGUGGACGGGCGCAGUCUGGUCGGCCUGUCACAGGAGAGGGCGGCGGAGCUGAUGACGAGGACGGGCUCAGUCGUGACUCUGGAGGUCGCCAAACAGGGAGCCAUUUACCACGGACUGGCCACCCUCCUCAACCAGCCGAGCCCCAUGAUGCAGAGAGCGACGGACCGAGGCCGCGAGAAGAACGGCAAAAUGCGACCAAAGAGCGAAGGCUUUGAGUUGUACAACAACUCGGUGCAGAACGGCUCCCCGGAGAGUCCGCAGGCCGGCUGGGACUGUUACCCCGAACCAAAGAAGAUGAGCGGCGAAGACCGGCUCCUCAAGAACCGAGCCGACCACCGAUCCAGCCCCAACGUAGCCAAUCAGGGUCAGAGUCCUGCAGGCAAGGCGGUGUACCCCGGAGGACCUGGAACUAAGAUCACCUCCGUCUCCACUGGCAACCUGUGCGCAGACGACGAGCCCUCCCCUCCCCGUCCAGAGGCCUACCCCAUCCCCACCCAGACCUACCCCAGGGAGUACUUCACCAUCCCAGUCUCCAAGAGCCAGGAUCGGGUUGUGGGACCCGGGCAGGGGCCCACGCAGCACUGGCAGGGCAUGGAGGACAGAGAGCGCCUCCCAGUGGUUGACAACAUCCACAACAGCAUGCAGCGGGUGAACCACUCUCAGGAGGAGCUAUACCCUCCACCAGGAGGUAUGAGGCCUGACAUGCAGCCGCACUACCAGCAGGACUACCAGCACCGGGACCUGGACUACCAGCACAGAGACCUGGACUACCCGAGAGGUCCACCAGGAGGUAUAGGAGGUCCUGACCACUGGGCUCCUCAGCCUCAGGUGUCCUCCUCGUUGGAGUCCUCGACAUCCAGCCAGGAGCACCUCAACUUCUCAGCCUCCUCCUCCUCCUCCAACAAGACCCAGAACCAGAAGACCGGGCCGGGCCGAUGGAAGACGCCCAACACCCCGCACGCCGUGCCGCCGCACCCGGCCCAGCCGCCGUCCCGCUCUGAUCUGCCCCCUCCUCCUCCGCCACCACCGGCCCCUUACCCUGAUGUCUACGACCCCUUCGACCCCCAGUCGGACCUGCCGCUCCCACCACCUCCCGCCGCCGUCCCCCCCGUGGCGGCUCAGCAGGCCGCCGACCGCAAGAAACGGGAGGAGCAGCAGCGCUGGUAUGAGAAGGAAAAAGCUCGGCUGGAGGAGGAGAGGGAGAGGAAGAGGAGGGAGCAGGAGAGGAAGUUGGGUCAGAUCCGGGCCAACCCCGUCAUGCCCGUCCAGCCUCACAACAAUGGAGGAGCCAUGCCUCCUCCUCACCACCAGCCCCCGAUGGGAUCUGUGGCCCCGCCCCAGCCCUACCAGCCCCCGCAGCCCCAACAACCCCAGCCUCCCCCAUCCAGACCGGAGAAGCUGGCCAGCCUGCCGCGGUCAGCCGUCCCUCCACCUGCCAGUGCCUCCAACCCCCCCGGCAUGGACACAGUGAUCCGAGAGCUCCUCCCGCAGCAGCAGCCGAGGACCAUCGAGAGGCGAGACCUGCAGUACAUCACCAUCAGUAAGGAGGAGCUGACGUCCAGCGACAGUCUGUCUCCGGACCCCUGGAAGAGAGACGCCAGGGAGAAGGCCGAGAAGCAGCAGCAGCUUCACAUCGUCGACCUGCUGGACAAAGAGAUCCAGGAGCUCCAGGCAAAGCCGGAGCGAACAGCGGAGGAGAGCGACCGCCUCAGGAAGCUGAUGCUGGAGUGGCAGUUCCAGAAACGACUGCAGGAGUCGAAGCAGAGCGACGAAGACGAGGAGGAGGAGGACGAUGAGGACGUGGACACCAUGAUGAUCAUGCAGAGGCUGGAGGCCGAGAAGAGAGCCAGGUUGCAGGACGAGGAGCGGCGGCGUAAGCAGCAGCUGGAGGAGAUUCGUAAGCGGGAGGCGGAGGAGAGAGCGAAGCAGGAGGAGGAGAGGAGGUGGAGGGAGGAGGAGAGAGCCAAACGAGAGGCCGAGGAGAAGAGGAGACAGGAGGAGGAGUACUACAAUCGCCUGGAGGCCGAGCGGCGCCGGCAGCACGAGGAGGCCGAGAGAAAGCUGCUGACGCCUGACGAGCCGGCCGGUCUGUAUCGGCCCCCGCUGCCCCGGGAUUACCAACCCCCCGCCCCCCACAACCCUACUAACACCCCCCCGCCCCCCCCGCAGAGAAACACCUCCUACCUCAAAACCCAGGUCGCCUCCCCUGACACGCUCUACACCGCCAAGUUUGUCUCCUACGCGGGCGAUGAGGAAGACGAGGAGGAAGGCAAGGAAGCCAACAAAGCAGCAGGGAGUGGUGGUGGUGGCGGCGGCAGGGGGCAGUCAGGUCAGGUGAAGCUGUCGGCGACCCGGAAGUCGUACGGCGACCUCCCGGCCACCGCCUCGCCCAACCACAGCAGGCCCCAGCCGCCGCCCACUGCGCGCAAGCCCCGCCCUCUUUCUGACGGCAUCUUCCUGUCUGGCUCGUUCCAGCCGCCAGUCAACAACUCCAACAGUACAGGGCCCCCCCUUCCUGCCAAACCCAGCUCCACCCCCCCAGGAGGCUUUAAAGGAUUUAACUCGUACACUGGAAACUCAGCAGGAGUUGUAGGAUCAGGAGAAGUCUACAAGGACCCGCGAGACAAAUGGACGAAGAGUCAGGAGCAGGAGAACUCGAUCCCCAGCGGCGCUCCAGAGAGUCUGACCUUCAAGGAGCGCCAGCGUCUCUUCUCUCAGGGGAAGGAGGUUUCCAACAAGGUCAAGGCUUCACGCAAACUCAUGGAGCUGGAGAACGAGCUCAACACUAAGCAGUAGACCAGAGCCUUUCACCUUCCCAGUGGCCACCUUAACGCCAGCGUCACCACGGUAACGUUAAGGUGUCCCUGGGACUUUAAAAGAAAAAAAAAUAAGAAAAACAAAAACAGGUCGAGAGAGCCGGCGCUCGCUUCCCUACCACUGACUGUCUCCUCCUGUUUGUGUUGUUUUCCCCCCUUUUAUUUUUUUAUUUUAAUCAUCGAAUAACUGGACCAUUCACUUUUUUGACGUAGCUAUAUCGUUGCAAUAGGAGAGACAUUUAUGGCUUAAAAAUUUCUUCCCCUCGUUAAGGUCUGUCAAAGAUAUAUAAUGAUAAAGCACUGUAAAAAAGUUUUAAUUAUAUCUAGUGAGAAUUUGAGAAUCACACAACAAAGGGGGAUAUAUUUUUGUUUGUAAAAUGGUUUUUUGGGGCAAGGGAUGGAGAAAAGUUUAUUCUCAUUUUAAUUUUUUUUUAAAUAGCUUACUGAAAUAUGAACAAUUUUAUGGUGUUAUUUUAUGCUCUAUUUCUGCAUCACGUUGUUUUCACACUUUUAAUUCCUUCUCGCUAGCAGAAAUGCCCAAGGUUGAGCUGCAGACCGGUCUUUAUUUUUAUUUUCUUGUUUUUAAAAAAUUUAAAUUCUCAGUGAGUGAAAACACUGUUAUUUCAUUCCGUAGCAAGACAGCAUGGGAUUUUUCUUUUGUGAUGUUCUAGAUAAACUCUGAAAGAUUCUCCAGAGGAGGAUUGUACAGUCCAGAGAAGGAUCUUUAAGUGCACAACAUUACUGUAAAUAUUCGGGUCCACAACUGUCUCACUAUUUUACUACUGUAGAAACCUGCCAGGCUACUAAAAACUGCUAAACUAAUGUGAUUUAACAGCAUUUUGGUGACAGAAAAUCCAACAGGAAGUUCGGCCAAAACUGGACUGUCUCCCGGCUGCUCCUCACUGUCAGUGGAGUUCAAUUUUUAAAUGUUUCCCGAACCUGAGGUGACUUUAAUUUUAUUUUCUUUUAAAUUGAAUAGUAAUUUUUUUGCCAGAGUUGUGUGAAGUUAAUUUGACUGAUUACAACCUAAAUUCAAACCAGAAAUAGGAACUCCUCUCACUCUCAAUGUGAUUAAUUAAUGUUGGUUUUCACAAUAAUAAUAAAAAAAGAAGAAGUUAACACUACUCUUUAAGUCCUUACUCCUUUGCUUUACAGAUAUUUAUUUCAAACCUUGUGGAAAAACCAUACUUGCACAAAAAGUUGUUUUUAAUAUUAAAUAUGUGUCAGCAAACUGUUUUGAGAAGUGGAUUACAUUUGGGACCUCUCGUACUGUGGUAAUAAUCUGCGUUUUUUCUGCAUUGAAGACAGAAAAGUUCUGUUUUUACACCAGCUGUAGUUGGAGGGGUCCGGACGUUUUAAAGGACUGGAGUCAAGGUGACAGAAUUGUGAUUGUACAAAUAUAUAUAUACACACAAUUUCCAUAAUCAUAUUCACCACCGCUGCUGCUCUGCUGAUGUAGAAAAGGAACGCACUUCAAACCCCAGUGUGUCCCCCAGUUUAAAAACAAACAAACAACAACAACAAAAAAAAACUAAAAAGAGUGAUGUUUCAAAUGUUAUCUCUCUUCUGCAGUUUGUUUGAGUGACUCCAUCCUGUGUGUGGAUUUAUUUUAUUUUUCUCUACAGGAGCCUCCACUAAAACAGAUUCUACAUGAUGAGAUAAGAUGCUGUUAUAAUAGCGGACCUGUUAAAACACUACAGAUGUGUCUCCCCCCCCACCCCCAAUAACAACAACAACUCCUUUUUAGGUUUCAAAAUGAACUGAAUCAUUUAAAUGGUUUCAUGUUUAGCCUUUUGUAAAUCAUUAAUAAAUACAGAUUUUUCAACA